AUGGGCAGCAGCCGCCGCCGACCUGCAGCAGCUGCCGCCGCCGAGCCUGCAGCAGCAGCCGCCGCUCGACCUGCAGCAGCUGCCGCCGCCGAGCUUGCAGCAGCAGCCGCCGCUCGACCUACAGCAGCUGCAGCAGCCGAGCCUGCAGCAGCAGCCGCCGCCGACCCUGCAGCAGCAGCCGCCGCCGAGCCUACAGCAGCGGCCGCCGCCGACCCUGCAGCAGCAGCCGCCGCUCGACCUGCAGCAGCUGCCGCCGCCGAGCCUGCAGCAGCAGCCGCCGCUCGACCUGCAGCAGCUGCCGCCGCCGAGCUUGCAGCAGCAGCCGCCGCUCGACCUGCAGCAGCUGCAGCAGCCGAGCCUGCAGCAGCAGCCGCCACCGAGCCUACAGCAGCGGCCGCCGCCGACCCUACAGCAGCAGCCGCCGCUCGACCUGCAGCAGCUGCCGCCGCCGAGCCUACAGCAGCGGCCGCCACAGACCCUGCAGCAGCUGCCGCGGAGCUCCCUGCUACGACCUGGCCCCGCCCCGCUGUUGCAGCGGCCACGCUGUCGCCACUGUCUUGCGCCCGCCGCACCAACCACUGGUGA